GUAUAUUUUCAAGCCAUUGAUAAGUUGCCGUCUUUUGGUCCUUUCGGGUUUGCGCGAUACUACGCUGUUGGGCUAGCAUCUCUAACGAAUUCGGGAAGAGUUCCUAUACGGUAAUCAGCUAGAUUAAUGCAUGUUCGACGUGACCGAGCUGAGCUAAAAGUUUGGCCAACGACUUUUGUUUAUAUUUAAGAUCCAAGGUAAGUUUGGAUGUUUCUUGGACAAACUUCUUUUUGCUUGCGCUUUCUCAAUUACGCCUUCAAGUUUUCGGAAAACCUUCAGGAUGCAGGCCGUUAAGAUCACUGCGUUUCUCGCUCCUCUGCUGUUCCCAUUUCAAGGUGUACAAGCAUCGUUAUACGGAGAAAGCAGUCUCAAUCACACCUGUGAAUUAAAAACACCAUAUCUUUCCUGUUCCAAAAAUGCCUCUCCGGACCUCACCGAUUCCUGCUGUACCGAGACCUUUGGGGGUCUAAUUCUCAGUACACAAUUUUGGGAUACGUAUACUGGGUACGAAUCAGAGGGACAAUUGUUGCCCAAAAAUUCGUGGACGUUGCAUGGACUUUGGCCUGAUUUUUGUAAUGGGAGUUAUACGCAGUAUUGCGAUUUGAGUCGCCAGUACGAUCCAGCUCCAUCUCCAAAUACUACAACCGGGACGGCGAGUGGAACGCCUGUGCCUCCUUAUACCGGAAAGCCAAUCUCGGAAAUCAUCAAGAGUUAUGGGAAAUAUGAUCUCCUCGCCUACAUGAACAACUACUGGAUCGCCCAAAACCAACCCAACUGGUACCUCUGGGGACACGAAUUCUCCAAACACGCUACCUGCUUUUCCACCUUCGACACUCCCUGCUACGGACCAACCUACAACUCCACCCCCUUCUCCGACUUGAUCUCUUUCUACACCACCGCUCUCUCCUACUUUUCCACCCUUCCAACUUUUGAUUUUCUCAGCAAACACCAUAUCGUACCUUCUAAUACCACUACAUAUACGCUUUCCUCGCUACAAUCUGCGUUGAAGAAGGAGUCGGGAGCGGUGCCAUAUAUUGGAUGUUCGGGUCCAAGAUAUAAUGCUACGGAGCAGGGCAAGGGAAGUUUGGAUAACGGAUAUACGGUGUUCAGUGAGGUGUGGUAUUACUUCCAUGUGCUUGGAAGAGUGCAAGAUGGGAAGAAAGCCCCUGUAGGAGCGGAUAUUAAUGGAGGUAGUAUAAGCAGUUGUGCGACUACGAAGGGAGCAUUAAAAUAUUAUGAACGGAGUGCAGGGUCUGUAAGAAAGGGAAGUGGUGCUUAUGAGUUGGAGAGUGUUUUGGAAUCAUGAAGUGGUUUUGAUGGGUGAUUUAAUGGGUGGUUUAAUGAGGUUGUGAAUAGGAAUGAUAUAUAUGC